AUUCCCCGCAGCGCUGAACUGUUACCAGAAGUGUGUGCUUUGCUUUGUGUUUGCCGGGCCCGCCCGCUCGUGGUUUAAGCUUGUUGUGUGUGGGGCCCGCCCGCUCGUCUUUCUGCCCUCCCGCUCUGGUGUGUGCGGCUGCAGCUGCUGACAGACCCGCCCGCUCCCGCCCGCCCGUCUGACGCUGCCGCAGCUCGGUGCCUGCUGCUGCUGCCCGGUGUGAGGUGCUUCGCGGCUUCUCCCCGCCUCCCUUCUCCUCACGUGUCCCGGCGGCGGUGCAGGAGAGGCAGGCAAGGGAUCUUCUCACAUGACCCGUGUGUUUGUCCCCGUGAUCAGAUCCGUCGGGCCUUCCUCCUCCUCCUCCUCCCCGGGCAGCCCCGGGCCCCGGCCCCGCACAGCCUGACCCGGGGGGGGCCCUCUCCCUGCCCGAGCCCCGACACAUGGACAUGCUGGAUCAGAGCCUCGACUCCUCCGCCGCCGCCAGCCACAACAAAGGACAGGAAGCGGAUGAAGUGGUCGAGCUUCAUGACGGAGAUGAGACGAGCACCGACGAGCAUACCGCGGUGGCCAUUGCUGCCGUCCAGCAAGCAGCCUUUUCAGAGCACAACAUUCAGUACCAGUUCCGCACAGAGAACAAUGGAGGACAGGUGACGUACAGGGUUGUCCAGGUGACAGACGGUCAGCUGGACGGACAGGGGGACGGAACCGGAGCAGUGAGCGUUGUGUCGACGGCGGCCUUUGCUGGCGCCCAACAAGCUGUGGCGCAGGCCGUCAUCCAGAACCCCUUCAGUAAUGGUGGAAGCCCUUCUACGGAUGCGGUCAGUGGUGAGGCUCGCUUUGCCUACUUCCCCGCUUCAACUGUGGGCGAAACAACAGCUGUGUCCGUUCAGACCACUGACCCCGGGCUGGCUCAAGCAGGAGGGCAGUUCUAUGUCAUGAUGACCCCUCAAGAUGUGCUUCCAGCCGGGACGCAGAGGUCGAUUGCUCCGCGCACUCACCCCUACUCUCCCAAAAUGGAUGGAAACAGAACCCCGCGGGAUGAGCGGCGUCGGGCACAACACAAUGAAGUGGAGAGGAGAAGAAGAGACAAGAUUAACAAUUGGAUCGUCCAGCUGUCAAAAAUCAUUCCAGACUGUAAUACGGAUAGCAGCAAGACCGGAGCAGUUUCCGAUAUACAGCAGAGCAAAGGCGGAAUCCUGUCCAAGGCCUGCGACUACAUCCGCGAGCUGCGCCAGACCAAUCAGCGCAUGCAGGAGACCUUCAAGGAAGCCGAGCGGCUGCAGCUGGACAACGACAUGCUGCGUCAGCAGAUUGAAGAGCAGAAGAACGAGAACACCCUCCUGCGGGCGCAGCUGCAGCAGCAUGGCAUCGAGAUCGUGGAAGAGGCUCCGAGGCAGUAGAUCCAGUACCACGCUGGUCAAAAAGAUGCCACGGAAAAAGAAAAGAAAAAAAAUGAACUUGUAUAUCAGCACCCCCCUCCUCCUCCUCCUUCGUUUUACCCCUUAUGCCCUGCUCACCUACCGCCCAUCCCCCGCAUCUGCCCGGCCUCCCACUACCUUUCCAGUGACCGUGUCAAACAUCUUUCUCCAUCCCGGUGAAGAACAUUGUCUCACAGCACGGGGGAAGGGAGGUGGUCCGGAUCUUCCUUGCAGACAGGAGAACCCUCCCCCCCCUUCAACCAGGAACAUGCCGACCUUGGAAAACUUCUCUCUCCGGCCUCUUCACUGCCAGAGACUUGCAUGGGGUUGACGGGAGGGCUGCCCGCGCGGCAGAGGGUAUAAUACGUUUGCAUUGCCCUCGUUUUUUUUUAUUUUUAUGAUAAAUAUAUAAAUAUGAACCUUAGACUUUUAGCAAUGACGUUAGAAGAAAUGACCCCCUCGUUCCUCCCCCCUCCCCCCAACCACCAUUAAAUAUAUUAUUAUUAUUUUUUUUUUUAUUAUUACGCACCUGUGGUAAUCCCCUGCAGUGUGUGAGUAUGCAGAGCAUCACCCCAGAUACUACGGCUUCCAGGAGAAUGGCGCCUCGUGCCCAGGGUACAGUCCGCCCAUUCUUUGUCUAUGAUGUUACAAGAUUUGCUUCAUAAUACACUUUGCUGUUUUUACUUUCUUUACGCCCUUCAUGAACUGAGCGCUGCAGCAAGAAGGGGGCGGCCACUAGAUGGCGACGGGGAGCUAUGUAACAAGCAGGUCUUGCCGGUACGGUAAAGCAUGAUGAUGGGGGGGCUGUGUUACAUUUUGUCUCGUACUCCAGUCACAUCCAAAGCUGCCUUCGAAAUCGGCUCUGUGCUGACACAACCUGCCCAUGCAUGUCCCUUAGGAUAAGAGGCCCUUCGUGAUAUAUGGGGGGUGAUGUGGGCAAUCGAACAGCUGCGGAAGACCAUGGGGAACACUUAUAAGGGUUGUCCAUGGUUUAAAGGUGUUGUCCAGUCUUGGAAAAACAUAGCUGCUAUCUUCCACAAACAGCACCACACCUGACCACAGGUUGUGUGUGGUAUUGCGGCUCAGCCUGAGCUGUAAUACCAGCCACAACCCUUGUACAUUGUUUUUUUUUUAAAAGCAGCCACAGUUUUUUUUUCUAAUCCUAGACGACCCCUUUAAGUGAUGGCCUAUAGGCAGCUGGUCUGUGUAGCUUUGUCUACAGAAGUUGGCGCCGAAGCUACAUGCCACCAGCUACUACAGCCCUGCUAUAAUGAUGGAGGGGGCGAGGUGCCAUCACUUGUACCCCUUUAACAGUUCAUUGAUGGAGAUGUUUAAAGGGGUACUCCCAUUGUAUAAAGUGAUGGUAUGUAACUCCUGUAUGAAGGUGUAGCCGUUGUAGUUUAGUGCCGGGACUUGCAGUACAUCCCCAUUCACUAGAAAGGGGCCAUGCUGCACUUUGGGAGGCUAGGAUCGACCAGCAAGGAGGUCCAGGGCUAAACGGACGAUGCUGCGCCUUUGUCCCAGAGAUCGGUCCACCAUGAUCCUAAAGUAACUUCUAUACCGGAUCCUACAUCCCCCCCCCCCCUCAGUGCGGCCCAGGGGAUUGGGCAGGGGCUGCCGUGAGCUCUGGAUGUGGGCGCAGUGCGGCCUGUCACUUCCACUUACUCUGAAGCAAUAGAUGACGUGUGCGCUGACACUAUGCACUUUACCUCUUCGUGGCCAGCAUGAUUCGUGGCGUCUCGUCCGCCCCUAGGUUCACGGAGAGAUCUGCUUGCUGCAUCGCUCCCGGCGUCUGGACCUGUUCACAUUCACCACCUUUGUUUUAUCGUUUAGUCAUGUGACCCUCGACGCUCAGAUAACGCCAUGUCUU